AUGGAGUACGAAGAAGAGAUGAGUGAGUUUAAUACAUCAGAGGUCGAUUGGGGUGACAACACUAACAACUCAAGGGAAGAAGGAGAAGCCUACCAUUCUGAAUCAUGGGAUGAAAAAUCUGUUUCUGAAAUUAGUUCAGAAACAGUAGAUGAACGUGAAGAGAAGCCUUGGACUAAGGAGGCUACAUCAAAGGCUGACUUCGGAGAGGAUCCAGAGCAGCGUGAGGAUAGAGAACCGUAUGAAGACUCACGGACUGAAGAUGGAGAUUCUCAAAAUAGAUAUGGAGAUGAGCAAUGGCGUGAGGAAGAAGAAAUCAUCUAUGACGGAUAUGAAAGAGAAUCACAAUUUAGCCUAGAAGAAGAUUAUUUCAGCGAUGAGACAUACCCCGGAGAACUCAAUCAUGAUGGAGAGACAUCCAACGAAGAUAAACCAUGGUGUGAAGAGACGAAUUCUCAAGAUAGCCUAGAAGGCACCGAGCAAUAUGGUGAAGAAACUUGGCACCACGAGGCUGAAUCAGAGGCAAGCUUUGAAGGUGAAUCAUAUUAUGGAGAAGAAGAUCACGAACCAAGGUACAUCACCUUUUCAGGUCAUGGCCACGGGUCUGAAGCGUGUUUGAGAUGGGUGAGAGACAUGGAAGAAUGGUUUUCAUAUAGCCAAAUCCCCGAGGAAGAGAAGACUAAUUGUGCAGAGGAGACUCUCACCGAAGAUGCUUAUAGGCAUUGGGAUCGAGAUGCAUACCAACGACUUGAGUAUGAUGAACCAGCCGCCAUUUGGGAAGAGAUGAAGCAGCUCAUAAGUGAUGAGUUCGUUAGAGAUGUUGACAACAUGCGUCAAUAUUACUCACGAAUAUACACCAAUCCUGAGCCAACAAGAUGGAUCCUAGCCACUAGACCAAAACCGAAGGCUACACCUAAGAGAUAUUGCAGCCCUAAGCCAAAGAAAAUGUCAACACACGAGCACGUGGACAUGGAUCUCGAGAUACAAAAGAAGAUCGUAGAGAAAGAAGAAGAACCACCAGACGGACAACAUCAACUUCAUCUGAGCAAUACACCAGCCCUUACUCGAGAUCCUACAAUUUUGAGGACAAAAUCCAGUCAAGGGGGAGGGUAUGAUGCGGUCAUCAAACAUGUAGCUGGCUUGGAGCUCCAUCAAACAUACCAUUCAAACCGCAUAGGAUUCGACAAGGACAUAUGUGCCUUUCUUAGAGAAUACCGAAUUAACCACGAAGAUUCAGAGCAUCAAACCACUUGGGAAACGUUUUCAGCUCAACGACAGAAAGCCAUGAAUUUAAAUCAACCCAAUCGGAGUUCCGACGAAGGAGAGAUUUAG